UUAAAUCCAUGGAUUCUCCUCUUAUUUUCAUCUUCCUAGUUUCCUUGCUCCUUCUUCUUCUUCUUCCUUCUUCUUCUUCAUCGUUCAAAGUUAACCCUUCCCGCGUCACUCCAAUUUCUUGGCAUCCCAGGGCCUUUAUCUACAAAGGAUUUCUUAGUGACGAUGAAUGCGAUCAUUUGAUUAGCCUAGCAGGGGGGAAACUGGAAAAGUCAAUGGUGACUGGCGACAAGGACGAUGAAAGUGUGUUGAGUUUAGCAAGAACAAGCUCUGGAAUGUUUCUACUAAAGGCCCAAGAUAAAAUAGUUGCAGACAUUGAGAAAAGGAUUGCAUCUUGGACAUUCCUUCCAGAAGAAAAUGGGGAAUCCCUCCAAAUCCUGCGUUAUAAGCUUGGUGAGAGGUAUGUACCACAUUAUGAUUAUUUUUCCAACGAGGAAAUCUUUCUAGGACCGAGUGGCAACCGCAUUGCUACGGUAUUGAUGUACUUGACUACCGUCCACAAGGGUGGGGAAACUGUUUUCCCCUACUCAGAUUCAUACCAGGUUGAUAACAAAUGUGGCUAUGACGGUUAUGCAGUGAAGGCUCGAAAGGGAGACGCGCUGCUGUUCUUUAGUUUGCAUCCGAACUCAACAGCAGAUUCGUUUAGCUUGCAUGAAAGUUGCCCAGUAAUUGAGGGUGAGAAAUGGUCUGCCACUAAAUGGAUUCAUGCUAGAUCAUAUAAUAAGAAGAAGAAUGAUGAUGAUUGCGAAGAUAAGAACAGCAACUGUCCAUCAUUGGCUGCUAAAGGUGAAUGCAUAAGGGAUAGUGUCUUCAUGGUGGGUUCCCAGCAUAAACCCGGAAUUUGCAGGAAAAGCUGUAGAGUUUGCACAUCCAACAACAACACGGGAUCACAAACAACUAAACAUACUACUACUCAUGAUCAGUGA